AUGUCAGAUUUGGAAGGCGCAAUCCCCCCGACCCAACGCAACGGAGAUGAUGGGCCAGGCAAAGAGAGUAAAAUACUGGUAGCACUAGUGGAAACUCUGUGGAAUGCAGUCUCCCUGCUUACGCUUGGGUUUCCAAAAAAGUACCAAGAGCGCUUGCGCUUGUUCGAAAACAUUUACCCUAUGACAGAAGAUUACGAACCCUGGUCUAAGCCGGCGACCCACUCUGAUAGGGGAUCCGAACACAGUUCUCUCAAAUCCAUGCGACAAAAGCAGCAGAUGUCGGUUAUUACUGCUACAAGCGCUGCAGCUCUUUCAAUCCAAUCAAUAAGCAACACAUUCCGCAUUUACUGGCUGGUGACAGCCUUCUAUAGUAUAGCAUUUGGUUUAUCGCUGGAAGGCCUCAUUUUGAUAACAUAUAUGACUAUCUCUGCCGGAGGUUCCUCCGACGAAGCUAUUGCCCGACUUGCCCAGGGCACCCUUAUUCCCGGGCCCAAAGUAGUCAAGCCUGCGGCAUUUUUAAUGUCGCUGCCAGCAGUAAUGGCGACUUACUCAUCGUUGUUUUUGUUGAUAGGACUGAUAACCAUGGUGCUGGUUCGCCCAGGUGAAAGUGUCGACACACAAGCUACAUCGUACGCUCUAGUGACGAUGAUCCCAGUUGGGUUGGGGGGUUUAUUCCUCGUCAUCGCGAUUACACUUUGCGAAAUUGGCAGUCAGAUUGAGACAAGCGGGAGAAGAAAUGCAGAAGCUUCAAUGAAUGAGUCUUGUCGAGUCCAUGAGCACACCCAACCCGCCCUUCUUUGUCCCAAAUGUCCUCCCGGUGCUCAGCGCCCAUGCCUGGAUAAAGCAAUUGUCCAAGCUCUUAAUAGAAUACUAUCCAACCCCCCUGUUCAGGAUCAUACAGGCUAA